ACGCUCACGCCUGGUCACGUGGUCGGUUUGACGCGCAGCACGUCACGUGAUGAAAGUGUGUUUCCGGCCCGGGUUUGCUGAAAGUGUGUGUAGAGUCUGAGGGUCUGAUCGGUGCAGGAGUCAUGAUUGUGUCCGGAACCGGAGCUUUAUUCUGCUUUACUCUCUUCCCUCUUACUCUCUCUUUAGCUGCUCCGAGUUUCACGGUGGAUUAUAAAAACAACAGCUUCCUGAAGGAUGGAGAAUAUUUCCGUUACGUCUCCGGCAGUAUUCACUACAGCAGGAUCCCCAGGCUCUACUGGAAAGACCGGCUGCUGAAGAUGUACAUGGCUGGACUCAACGCCGUCCAGAUGUACGUUCCCUGGAACUUCCACGAGCCCGUGCCGGGUCUGUACGACUUCAGCGGAGAUCGAGAUUUGGAAUAUUUCCUCCAGCUAUGUCGGGACCUCGGCCUGCUGGUCAUCCUCAGACCCGGACCCUACAUCUGCGCCGAGUGGGACAUGGGCGGCCUGCCUGCGUGGUUACUGAAGAAGAAAGACAUCGUCCUUCGCUCGUCAGAUCCAGAUUAUUUAGCGGCGGUGGAUAAAUGGAUGGCGAAGUUGUUACCAAUGAUGAAGCGUUACCUUUAUCAGAACGGAGGGCCGAUUAUUACAGUACAGGUGGAGAACGAGUACGGGAGUUACUUUGCGUGUGAUUUUGAUUACCUGCGUCACCUGGUGAAACUGUUCCGCUCUCACCUGGGGAACGACGUGGUUCUGUUCAGCACAGACGGAGCCGGAGUCAGUUACCUGAAGUGUGGAGCGAUACAGGGCGUCUACGCCACCGUCGACUUCGGGCCCGGUGGAAACGUGACGGCAGCGUUUGAAGCUCAGAGACACGCUGAACCUCGCGGCCCGCUGGUGAAUUCGGAGUUUUACACCGGCUGGCUCGAUCACUGGGGAGAACAUCACUCUGUCGUUCCUACUGAAGCUGUGGUCAAGUCCCUUAACGAGAUCCUGGAACUCGGAGCAAACGUCAACCUGUACAUGUUUAUCGGAGGAACCAAUUUUGCGUAUUGGAACGGUGCGAAUUCGCCGUUCGCUCCUCAGCCCACCAGCUACGACUACGACGCUCCGCUAACGGAGGCCGGAGACCUGACGCAGAAAUACUUCGCCAUCCGUGACGUCAUUAAAAAGUAUAAGAAGGUACCGGAUGGAAUUUUGCCGCCGUCUACGCCCAAGUUUGCGUACGGAGCCGUGAAGAUGAAGAAAUUGACGACCGUAUCAGAAUCCCUGGACAUUCUCUCGAUUUCUGGUCCUGUGAAAACUCUUUACCCGCUCACCUUUAUCGAGCUCAAUCAGCACUUCGGCUUUGUUCUGUAUCAGACGUCACUUCCUGUGGACUGUUUAAACCCGACUCCUCUCUCGUCUCCUCUAAACGGAGUUCAUGACCGAGCGUACGUCUCUGUAGACGGAGUGGCUGUAGGGGUUCUGGAGAGAGACAGGGUUAUCAGCAUUAAUAUAACGGGGAAGGCCGGGAGCAGACUGGACGUGCUGGUGGAGAACAUGGGCCGAGUCAAUUACGGGAAAUACAUCAACGACUUCAAGGGUCUGGUGUCGAAUCUCACGCUGGGAGCAGAAACUCUGAGGAACUGGACGGUGUUUAGUCUCAGUAUAGACGAGGUGGUGAAGGAGGGGCUGCUGUGGGGCAGGGUGUCUCUACAGGACACUGGCCCCGCCCACUCUCCUGCCCAGCCCACCUUUCUGUCUCCGCCCACCUUCUACGGAGGCACGUUGGAGAUUCCUGAUCACAUCCCAGACCUUCCGCAGGACACGUACAUCCAGUUCCCCAACUGGAGCAAGGGUCAGGUUUGGAUUAACGGCGUGAACGUGGGUCGUUAUUGGCCGUCACGUGGUCCUCAGGUCACUCUGUUCGUUCCUGCGUCUCUCCUCAGCACCAAGUCGCCCAAUAACAUCACGCUGCUGGAGCUGGAGGUGUGUCCCUGCACCCGGGGUCAGUGCGUGGUCGAGUUCACACACACACCAGUCAUCAACUCCACCGUCACACACAUCAAACCUUACACGAGGGAGAAAACACUGAACACACGCUGAACACACACCAUUUCAUAAAACACACUCUUCACAUCAGCACUGUGCACGAACUGUGUGACGUUAGUGACGGGGUCAGGGUGACGUUAGUGACAGGGUCAGGGUGACGUUAGUGACGGGGUCGGGGUGACGAUAGUGACGGGGUCAGGGUGACGAUAGUGACGGGGUCGGGGUGACGUUAGUCACGGGGUCGGGGUGACGAUAGUGACGGGGUCGGGGUGACGUUAGUCACGGGGUCGGGGUGACGUUAAUGACGGGGUCAGGGUGACGUUAGUCACGGGGUCGGGGUGACGAUAGUGACGGGGUCAGGGUGAUGUUAGUCACGGGGUCAGGGUGACGAUAGUGACGGGGUCGGGGUGACGUUAGUCACGGGGCGACGGUAGUGACUGGAUUAGAGUGACUGUAGUGACGGUGUGACGUUAGUGACGGGGUCAGGGUGAUGUUAGUCAUGGGGUCAGGGUGACGGUAAUGACGCGGUGACGUUAGUGACGGGGUCGGGGGUGACGUUAAUGACGGGGUCAGAGUGACGGUAAUGACGGGGUGACGGUAAUGACGGGGUCAGGGUGACGGUAGAGACGGGAUUAGAGUGACGGUAAUGACGGGAUUAGAGUGACGGUAAUGACGGGAUUAGAGUGACGGUGAUGACGGGAUUAGAGUGACGGUAGAGACGGGAUUAGAGUGACGGUGAUGACGGGAUUAGAGUGACCGUAAUGACGGGAUUAGAGUGACGGUGAUGACGGGAUUAGAGUGACGGUAAUGACGGGAUUAGAGUGACGGUAAUGACGGGAUUAGAGUGACGGUAAUGACGGGAUUAGAGUGACGGUGAUGACGGGAUUAGAGUGACGGUAGAGACGGGAUUAGAGUGACGGUGAUGACGGGAUUAGAGUGACGGUGAUGACGGGAUUAGAGUGACGGUAAUGACGGGAUUAGAGUGACGGUAAUGACGGGAUUAGAGUGACGGUGAUGACGGGAUUAGAGUGACGGUAGAGACGGGAUUAGAGUGACGGUGAUGACGGGAUUAGAGUGACGGUGAUGACGGGAUUAGAGUGACGGUAAUGACGGGAUUAGAGUGACGGUAAUGACGGGAUUAGAGUGACGGUAAUGACGGGAUUAGAGUGACGGUGAUGACGGGAUUAGAGUGACGGUAGAGACGGGAUUAGAGUGACGGUGAUGACGGGAUUAGAGUGACGGUGAUGACGGGAUUAGAGUGACGGUAGAGACGGGAUUAGAGUGACGGUGAUGACGGGAUUAGAGUGACGGUGAUGACGGGAUUAGAGUGACGGUGAUGACGGGAUUAGAGUGACGGUAAUGACGGGAUUAGAGUGACGGUGAUGACGGGAUUAGAGUGACGGUAAUGACGGGAUUAGAGUGACGGUAGAGACGGGAUUAGAGUGACGGUGAUGACGGGAUUAGAGUGACGGUAGAGACGGGAUUAGAGUGACGGUAGAGACGGGAUUAGAGUGACGGUGAUGACGGGAUUAGAGUGACGGUAGAGACGGGAUUAGAGUGACGGUGAUGACGGGAUUAGAGUGACGGUGAUGACGGGAUUAGAGUGACGGUAAUGACGGGAUUAGAGUGACGGUGAUGACGGGAUUAGAGUGACGGUAAUGACGGGAUUAGAGUGACGGUAGAGACGGGAUUAGAGUGACGGUAAUGACGGGAUUAGAGUGACGGUAGAGACGGGAUUAGAGUGACGGUAAUGACGGGAUUAGAGUGACGGUAGAGACGGGUUAAUAUACACUGUCUGUAGUUCUAAAAGUUUGAAGGACGUGUUUAUAAAGUUAAAUAUUUCUGUGACGAUUCACUCUGGGAUUUUUUAAUAAAACUUUUUGCACUUUUCUUAUUGCUGGGAAAAAAAUGUGAAAUAAUUUGUUGUAUGAAUCUUUUAUACUUUUAUGGAUUUCUGUUCUGUUGGUAAUUAUUUACCUGAAAUGUUUACUGUGAGGAAAUGUUCUGUACUUUUAAUAAAUAAAUAAAUACAUAAAUAAAUCUAAUUUUAAUAAAGAAGGUUUAAUCACAGGCUGCUUUCUAACAAACCUGAUUUAAUAAAUCUCACUGCUGGUUAAAA